AUGUUGGCAAUAUUAAAUUAUGUAAAACGUUUAUGUAAUUAUACUUUGAAGUACUCAAAUAUUGACUGCAAAAUGAUAAUUGUCGUGAGAUCAGACAUAGCUAUGGGAAAAGGAAAGACUGCAGCUCAGUGUGCUCAUGCAGCGGUAGAAUGUUAUCGUAUAGCGUUAAACAACGUCAAGCAUAAACAGGUAUUGGAAUCCUGGUUAUUGAGUGGUCAACCUAAAAUUGUUGUAGGAGUACCUAACGAAGAAAGGUUACUAUCGAUAGCUCGUAGUGCUCAUAAAGUUGGUCUCAUUUGUGCUGUAAUAAAAGAUGCAGGUAGAACUCAGUUACAACCUGGUACCAUCUCUGUACUUGGAAUUGGACCAGGUCCAAAGGAAGUCAUAGAUAAUAUUACAUCAAAAUUGAAAUUAGUAUAAGAUGCUUUUGUACAAUAUGUAUAAAGGGUUACUUUAUUAUGAGUAUGCAAAUAAAUUCACAUCAUAUUAGGACCUUUCAAAUCUGUUUCAAUUAAUACUUUAUUAACAUGUUAAAACUUUGUUUCUCUCUACCUAGCUUCAUACAUAUAGAAAUAAAAUGUACCUUUGAAAAUUCUAUGUACCAAAGAACAUAUGUCAUGUGUAGAUUAAAACGUGCUUGACUGCUUUC